CCAAAGCCGGUUGGGUCUAUGCCUAUAAAAUACUUGAAACUUCAAAGUAGACCAAAAAUAUGUGCCGCGAUUUUAGAAUUUCGAAAAGGAAAGUAGGAAACCCAAAGCUAGACGGUCGGAUCCUUCCUGUCGGGUGGGUUACACAAUCCGCAUAAUUUUCCUUCGUCUUUAUCCGGAAAGCUCUCCCGCCAAAAGGCCCUCCGUCCUCCGCCGCCCGUGACCUCCGCCGCAACUUGUUUCGAGCUAAAUUGGGCUAGGAUUGAGCUCCCUUGCUGAAUUAAGGUUACCGAGACUUUAGCGAUAACCGAUAUGUCGGAGUCAGGAGAGCCUCAACAACAAGAAGAACAGCAGCAGCAACAACAAGUGUGCAGUUUCUUCAAGAAGCCAACUAAAAAUAAAAACAUCAGAAAACGCCCUACUCUUGAAGAAAAUGAUGGUGAUGAAGAUUCUAAGGAUGAGGGCACAGUAACUUAUAAGAAGAAGCAGGUAGCUGCAGCCGACAAUAAGCUUUACUUCUCGACUGGGUCAUCCAAACGCCAAGUUGACACUGGAUCAGAUGAAGAUUUAAAAGGGCCCCUGUUUCACUAUGAGUCUUCGAAGGAAAUUCAGGUCAAUAAUGAUAAUAGAGCAACAGCCACACUCGAAACAGAGACUGAGUUCUCAAAAGAUGCUCGGGCAGUUAGGGAGAGAGUUCUCAAGCAAGCAGAGGAAUCCCUGAAGGGAAAAGGGUCAAGUACUAAUGAUGGAAAAACAUACAAGGGAAUCCACGGUUACACUGACUACAAGGCUGGAUUUCGGAGGGAGCAUACAGUUGCUAGUGAGAAAGCAGGUGGUUCACAUGGACCUCUUAGAGCAUCUGCCCAUAUUAGAGUCUCCGCAAGAUUUGAUUAUCAGCCAGAUAUCUGCAAGGAUUACAAGGAAACAGGUUAUUGUGGAUAUGGCGAUGCUUGUAAGUUUAUGCAUGAUCGUGGGGAUUAUAAAUCGGGAUGGCAGCUAGAGAAGGAAUGGGAUGAAGCGGAGAAGACAAGGAAAAGGAAUCUGGCUUUGAAACUACUUGACAAUGAGGAUGAUGAGAAUACAGCAGAUAAUAGUGAUGAAGAUGAUCCCUUGCCAUUCGCUUGCUUCAUUUGUAGGCAACCUUUCGUGGAUCCAGUGGUGACCAAGUGCAAGCACUAUUUCUGUACCCAUUGUGCAUUAAAGCAUCAUGCAAAAAAUAAGAAAUGCUUUGUGUGCAACCAGCCGACACUCGGAAUAUUCAACACAGCUUUUGACAUAAAAAAGAAAAUGGCAGCAGGGGAGAAAUGAAGAAGUGGUUGAAUCAUUAGAUAUUUAUUUCAUGUACUGCUGAUUACAUUGGUUUUAGUGUAAGUUCUCCUUUUCUGCCAAUAUUAUUUACAGUUGUAAUUUUGACAGUAUGGGAUUCUUGUCUGAUAAUGAAGUUGUAAUUUUGACAAUAUGGGAUUCUUGUCUGAUGAAUGAAGCUUACAUAUAGAUCUUGCAUAUAUUCUUACUAUCGUUUAUAUGGUUUACUUUCUUAUGGAAGUGAUGUUUGCAGUAUUAUAUAUUUCUAGUGGGGCAAAGAUUAUGGUUUUUUUCCUUUGUGGCCAGCGAGAUAUGGCAAACCAUUAUUCAUUUGGUGCAAGUUUAGUGAGAGGGAGUUUUGUGAAACGUUUUAACUUUUAUCCUGUGUCUACUAUGAUAAGAAGAUUUGAAGGAGUCUGUUUAGAAACAAUUAUGUACUUGGUUAUUUUCCACCUUUUUAAGGACAAGCUCAGAUUUUUUAACAAUGGGGGUGCAACCAGCCCAAGGCUUCUUCUUUUUCUUUUUCUUUGUUUUGUAUUUUUUAUUUUUGGUGUUUUUUUUUUUUUUUUU